AUGUGGUACCCUCAACUCCUAGUCCUCGUAGCCUCGAGCUCGCUACUGACCCCAACCCUCUCCCAUGUCAUCAAACGUCUCGAGUCUGCCUCAUCUCCCUCCACAUGCAAUACUUCGACCAUCUCUCUCGAUGGUUUCCCCUUGCCCAACCCGACCAAGUCCUUUUGGCAAGACCCGCCCCACCGCAUCGCCAACCUCCGCUCGACACCAGAUCUUCCUACGAACAAGAUAUUCGACUAUGUCAUCAUCGGCUCCGGCAUCAGCGGCGCCGCCACCGCCUACAAGCUGCUGAACAGGGACUCGUCGCUGUCGAUCUUGAUGCUCGAGGCCCGCGCCGCAGCCUCGGGCGCGUCGGGGAGGAACGGCGGCCACGCCAGGACGGGCGACUACAAGAACGUCAAGGAGUGGAUCGAGCUGUACGGCGAGGAUGAAGCGCUCAAGGUCGCCAAGCUGGAGCAGGACUGCGUGGAUGACGUGCGGGAUUUUGUGCUUUCCCACAACGUGUCUAGCGGGUGGAGGGACGUCGAGACGGUGGACUUUUACUACACCCACGAGGAGUUCGACAAGGCCGUCGAGACUGUAGAGUUCCAACAGGCUUUGGAGGAGCGCCGGCCCGAGGACGUCCCUCAAGGAAAUCCACGCAGGAUUUUGCAAGGCCAAGAGGCGAGGGAUUACUCGCAGUGGCCCGAAGUUAUAGGCGCGGUGACGUACACUGGCCAUACCCAGAACCCCUACAUAACAGUCUGCGCGAUGCUGGAGCUCGGCCUGGCCAAAGGCCUCAAUCUACAAACACACACCAUGGCUCUGCAGCUGACGCCAGUUUCGGGCCCGGACGACGCCAACCCCACCACCUGGGAAGUCAAGACGGACCGCGGAACCGUCAAGGGAAGCAAAGUCAUGCUAGCCACCAACGGUUUCACGUCGGCGCUGCACCCGGGGUUCAAAGCAACGCAGUUCCUCCAGCCGGGCCGUAGCCAGGUGUCAGCUGUGCGCCCAUCUGCCGACACGUCCGCCAACCCCGUCUUCAAGCGCAGCUAUACAUACGGCGACGACCCGACCGGUGGCGGCUACUACAUCACGUCGCGGCAGCCCGGGGACUCUGGCGCCGGCGCCGUCAUCUACGGCGGUGGGCAGGUGUUUAGCCCAUCGGGUGAGCGGAAUAUCACCGACGACACCGUCGUCAACGACAAGAUUGCCCAUUUCCUACGCAACGCCGGGCGAAUAAGCUAUGGGCGCGAGAACUGGGGCGAGUCGACGGAAUAUUUGGGAGAUUGGACGGGCAUCACCUGCUACACCUCGGACGGGCUGCUGGUUGUGGGUCCUGUCCCCGGUAAGGAGUGGCUGUUUGCUUCGGUGUGCAUGAAUGGGCACGGCAUGGCUUGGGCUUUCCGUAGCGCCGAGGCCCUGGUCGAGAUGAUGGAGGAGGGGGAGCCGCCAGCUUGGUUCCCCGCCCCGUUUGACAUUCAAAGGGCUUGGAAGGGAAAAAACUUGGCUUAG